AUGGUCAGGCCUGCAGUCAUGCUUCCAGAAGAUGCUGGGUCAACCCAAGCAAGAGCUCUCCCCCACAGGAGAGUGGUCUGCAGCGAGCUGCAGGAGGAGCCAGGCCUGCCCCUCUGCAGGAAGCUUUGCUAUGCUGCUGGGGGCAUUCCCUACCAGAUGACCAGCAACGCGCUCGGCUUUUUCCUCCAGAUCUUCCUGUUGGACGUCGUGCAGCUGGAGCCAUUCCAUGCCUCCUUGAUCAUUUUCCUUGGAAGAGCCUGGGAUGCUGUUACUGACCCUGCUGUUGGUUUCCUGAUCAGCAAGAGCCCAAGGACAAAGUAUGGCAAGCUGGUCCCAUGGAUUGCAUGCUCCAUGCCCUUUGGGGUGCUCUGCUACUGCAUGAUGUGGUUCACCCUCUCAGAUGCCACCCCAGCCUCCCUGAAAUUCCUGUGGUACCUGCUCAUGUACAGCUUCUUCCAGACCUGCAUGACUGUAAGGAACCUGGGGCCUGGGGCUGACUCACUCACUGGGUUUGAACUGUGCUCUCCCUAGUGCUACCACGUGCCCUACUCUUCCCUGACAAUGUUCCUGGGAGGAACUCAGAGGGACCGUGACUCAGCCACUGCCUACAGAAUGGGGAUGGAGGUGUUCAGCACGCUCCUGGGGUCUGCGAUCCAGGGGCAGAUGGUGGGCAGUUACCAUGCCCCCACAAUCAAUGGCUGUUAUGUCUUGAACGAGACCCUGCCCAACAGCAGCACCUCCAGCCUCACAGGCUCUCUGGAGAACACGCGCAGGGCCUAUGUGUUUGCAUCCCUGGUCCUGGGCUCCAUCUAUUGCGUGUCCUGUCUGAUUCUUGUCUUUGGAGUCAGGGAGCAGCCUGGGCUCCUCAGCCCCCUGGGGAAGGUUGAGAUGCCCUUUGCCAGCUGCCUCAGGAUGAUCAUGGGACACAAACCUUACACCCAGUUGCUGUGUGGCUUCCUCUUUGCAUCUCUGGCUUUCCAGAUCACACAGGGGAUCUUUGCCUUCUUCUGUACUCAUGCUGCAGGGCUGGCUGGGAAGUUCCAGCAUUUAGUGCUUAUCAUGUUGGUCACAGCUUCUCUCUCUAUUCCCCUGUGGCAGUGGUUUUUGGGGAGAUUUGGAAAGAAAACAGCAGCAUCACUGGGCCUGGCACUGAUCAUCCCAGCCCUGGUAGCUGUCACCCAGGUGACGCACAACUUCCUGGCCUUCAUCUUCCUGGUGAUGAUAGCAGGCUGCAGCAUGGCUGUGCUCUACCUCUUACCAUGGUCCAUGCUGCCAGACACGGUGGAUGACUUCAUGCUGAGGAACCCCAACUGCCCCAACCUGGAAUCUCUCUUCUACUCCUUUUAUGUCUUCUUCAAUAAGUUUGCAGGUGGCCUUGCCGUGGGGAUAUCGACACUGACUUUACAUUUUGCAGGUUACCGUGCUGGAGACUGCACCUACAAACCCUCCAUCGUCCUCACCUUGCAGCUCCUCAUGGCCCCUGUCCCAAUAACCCUGCUGCUCAUUGCCAUCAUCCUCUUCUGCCUCUACCCCAUCAAUGAGGAGAGGAGGAAGGAGAUGAGAAUGGAGAUGGAGGCAAUGGGGCAUCAGGUCGAAGGCAGCAGCCGAGAGUAA